CAGGGAGGGAGGGAGGCCAGUCCUGAGCAGCACAGAUCACACGGCGCACAUCCUCCCACAUCUAGGCUGACUACGGUUGCAACAAGACAAGUUUUGAUGGAAAGGAUUAUUUUGUCAUUUUGUCCAACAGCAGAAGAGACUUAAACUCCUGGGCUAAAUAAUCGGGCUUUCUACAUUGGUUUACUGUCUUCAAGCAACCGUCACAGAUCGUCGGAAGCAGAAGAGAACAUGACAAACAACAGAGAUCGCUGGAGGGUGUACAAGAGGGUGAGUGUCGUGUUCUUCCUGGCUGGUGUGGCGCUGACUGUUUUCCAGAGAGGGAGCAUCAAUAUGGGGGCUCCCUUCGAACUCGAGAGGCAAGCUCGCAUGGAUGCCUCUGAGCGAGUGGAGCCCGGCGCUGCUCAGGGAGACAUAACUGACUUGUACCUGGGGAUAAAAAGCUUCUGGAAGGUUAGCAAACGACAGCCGGUGCCUAAAGCUCUGGCCACCACGCAGGAGUCCAGGAUCACUGAGGACAGCAGCCCCAGAACUUGGGAUGUAACCAGCUCCAACUGUAGUGCCAACCUCAACCUCUCAAGUCAGGACUGGUACAGGGGCCUGGAGGACAAUUUCAAGCAGUUCAUGCUUUAUCGACACUGCCGUUACUUUCCCAUGCUCCUUAACCACCCCGAGAAGUGCACUGGGGACGUAUAUUUGCUCAUGGUAAUAAAAUCUGUAGCCACCCAGCAUGACCGAAGAGAGGUCAUCCGAAAAACCUGGGGCAAAGAGCAGGUGGUUGAUGGCAAGAGGAUAAAGACCCUCUUCCUUAUUGGUAAACCUUCUAAUGUGGCAGAGAGGGCAAACCACCAGAAGCUAGUGGAGUAUGAGGACUACAUCUACAGGGAUAUCCUCCAGUGGGACUUCCUGGAUAGCUUCUUCAACCUCACGCUUAAAGAGACCCACUUCCUCAAGUGGUUUCACACUUACUGCCCCAGUGUACGCUACGUUUUCAAGGGGGACGAUGACGUCUUUGUCAGCGUGGAGAACAUUCUUGAGUUUCUAGAGAGCAGCAAUACAAAGAACCUGUUUGUGGGGGACGUGAUUUUCAAGGCUAUGCCCAUUCGUAACAGGGAAAACAAAUACUACAUCCCCCAGGCUCUGUAUGAUAAUAAACACUACCCUCCAUAUGCAGGUGGAGGGGGUUUUCUGAUGGAUGGGAACCUAGCGAGGAGGCUUCACUGGGUGGCAGACACCCUGGAGCUCUACCCCAUCGAUGAUGUCUUCUUGGGCAUGUGUCUGGAGGUGCUUCAGGUCACUCCUAUAAAACACAAUGCCUUUAAGACGUUCGGCUUGGUGAAAAAUAAGAACAGCAAGUUGAACAGAGAACCUUGUUUUUUUAAGAGCAUGAUUGUAGUUCACAAGCUGCUCCCGUCGGACCUCAUGCACAUGUGGAAUCUGGUCAACAGUGACCUGGUCUGCUCGCAGAAAGUGGAAAUCCUAUAGCUUGAUGGGAACACCAGGUAAGGACAGCAUCCACAAGCUGCCCCUUGGUGGAUGCUAGCAUGAUGCAUGUGAGUCCCGGUUAACUCGCCUUCAAUGUCGAGAGAGAUCAUGGAUCUUAUAUGAAUUUCCUGUUUCUGUGCAGUAGUGCAAUUUUUGGAGGGGUUUCCUCAAACAUCAAAGACAUUAUACAGAGUUUGAAAAGGUUUAAGAUUUGUGUAUUUAUAUUGGCAAUUUUGAAGGACUCACACUGUCAGCACACACAUUUUAGAGACAACAACCAAAGUUGAGCUGCUGGAUCGCUGGUGCAGAGUUGUUCCCUCUACCGAUGGGUCUUGACCUUUCAACAACCAGACACACACCCACCUCCUCCCCUCCUCAGUGGCCAAGGCCUUAUUUUUCUCCAUCCUUUUGGUUCAGUGUGGUAGAGGGUUUUCAUUGCCCAGGAACCUUGCCAAUGAUAGCGACCCAAUUUAUGUGAAUACACAUUAAAAAUGUAAAGUAACAUGUAUUGUGAGGACAAAUGGUAAACAAAACCAUUAAUAUGUAAUGUAAUAUCGUGCUUUCGGAUAGGUCAGUGGGAAAUUAUGUUUGGUUUAGUUUGAUUUUGACAAAUAAAAGGACAGUUGGCAUAAGUUGGUGCCCUGGAGGAUUGGGUGAGAAAACGCCAUUGCACAUGCUGUGCAGCCUGUAGUUAUGCUAGCAUUUUGAGUUUGUACUAAGUGUUACACAUAGUCCUCACUCGGACCAGUAUGGCAUGCUGCAAGGGCUUCAAAUCAAGUAAGAGAACAAAACAACUCUCUACCUCAGGGAUUUGGUCAAAAAACUCAUUGGUCGACUUUUCUACUGUAUGUGUAACCAUGAUACUAUUGUUUCCAUAUGUAGUAGUAAGAGGUUAAUCAAUUUUAGUACCUUAGAGGUCCUUGCACUCAUUUUUUUUUUGGAAUGUGACUGACUUGUCUGGACGUCUACUUCUUGUUAUACUACUGGAAACUGGUUUGCUGUCUGUGAAUUUGAAUGUGCUGAUGUACUUGACAUGGAUUUGGUAGAGGGUAUACAUUGACACUGUGAACUAAAACUAUUGCUGGUACGAGUAUAUGACAUGUUAAUUUAAUCCCCAAUGGAAUGGGGGCAAAUGUGGGGUUCUUGUAUUUAAUUUAAAGCGUCAAUAAUUAUUAAUGGGAUGUUCAAUGAUUAUAAUGCUGAAUGUUGUGGGUUUAGCGGGUGAUGACUAUGUCUAGGUAAUGUAAAUAUAUGUAAAAAUCAAAAUGUACAUAUAAUGUCAUUUGUAAAUAAACAUCUCAACAGUAA